UCAGUAAAUCAGUCGGCGCCCGUUGUUCAUGCACGAAGUGUCAUUUCAUACAAAAUUUCAAUUUCAAAUAGUAUACUGUUAAAAUAAUAUCUCUUCUAUAGUAAAAAAUAUUACACCAAAACUAUAUAGCAGUAAUAUUCUAUAUAUAUACAGCUUAAAUCUAGAAGUUGAUCAUGACUUCCAUGCUGUCAUUUGUGCUGAAAAACGUACCUAGUGAUUGGGAAUCAGUAAGCACAUAUAACAGCAGUUAUAUAUUAUUUGAUGUUAAUGUCCUUAGUAGAGAGGCAGAAAAUGUAAAAGCAAUGUUUAACUCGACGUCAUUAAACAUAAAUACCAUUCGAAGAGUCCAAAAUCCUUUUCAGUAUGGUCGUUUUAAGUUGAGACAAGAAAUGUUAAACUCUAAUUCAGUGGACACAGUGUUUCAUAUUGUACACCCAAGUGAUUUAGAAACAGCUCUGAAGUACACAUGUGAUUACAGGAGAUAUAAAAACGGACAUAAUUCUGAAGGUGAGAAUAAACAUCCACGCUUUUAUCCCAAUGUCCAGAACGCUGUUGUCAACCGGCCUGCAUCAAUGAUAAACGAUAGUUGCGUAUUAGUUGUCAGUAAAAUAUCUGGUAACCCCAAGACUCAAAGUGAUUAUUAUAUCCAAUACGUUGUUGAUUGUAAAUAAACUUCACUAAAUCUAUUAAUAUUUUAUAUUAUUUUACUUUGUAACUGUACUUAUGUAGUUAGGUAUCGAUACACCAAUAUAAAUAAAAAAACACAUUUCAUAAUAUAGGUAUUUACAUUUUAAUAUGUCAUGAUUAUCUAUAUAUAUUAAUUAUUUUUAUUAUUAUAAAAUGUAAUGAAAUGAUAACUAUUAAGUAAAUAUGUAAUAGGACAUUAAUUUUAAUUUACAUGUUAUAACACAUAAUGUCAUAAUAUUAUAAGUAGAUCAAGUACAAUUUUAACUAUGAACCAGGUACCUUUGGUAAAUGGAUAUUUUCCCCCCAAUAUAUUUUUGAUGUGGACAUUUUCCCCUCAUUUUUUUUUAAAGUUUAUAAUUGCCAAAUAAUAUUGAAUUUAAUAACACAAUAUUAUGAAAUUAUGAAAUUAUUUUUUUUAAAUAAAAAAAAUAUAUAACAUUUAUUUUUAUAAAUAUAAUAAAUUAUAAAUGUAUAUUAUGUUUCCACUCAACUACUUGAAACAAUAAGAAAUUUUAAAAAAUAAGUAUAAAAUAAAAUAUAAUUAAUAAUUAAUAAAAAUGGCCAAAAAUGUCGACACAAAAUGAUACAUUUUGUAAAUAAAUAUUUGAUUACCUACUGAUUCUUUUGUUAUUUCUAAAUAAAUAUUUUUUAGCCGUUGUUCAUAUUUUUUUUUUUUAGUUAAAAUGUACCAGUUUGGUUAUUUAACAAUUUAAUAAUUGCUUUUUAAAUUUGAUUCAAGUAGUUCAGCUGAUCAAAAAUAUACAUCUAUAGGUAAUUUAUUAUAUUUAUGAAAAUAUUCGAAAAUAUUAGACAGUAGGCAAAAAAAUUAUUUCAUAUCAAGUAGUAAACUUUUAAAAAUAAUGGGGUGGGGGGCAAAUGUUCGGGGGUAAAAUGUCUGCGAUUCGUACCUAACUCUACUACCUAUACCUAUAGGCUAUAGACAGCUAUACUAGAACUAGAUGGUAUCUAACAUAACGAACUAUAACUUGUAUAACCAUUUGAACCUAUCACAAAAUCAUUAUAAAAAAUAUGCUAAUCAAUAAUAAUUAGUGUUCUACGUAAAAUAUUGAUCGAUAAUAAUUAAUAACUGUCUUAAAUAUUCAGUUCAUUGUUCAUAUGAAAUAUUAAUUGAGUAACAAAAAUAAAUGUACUGAUUUUGAUAAAAUUAAUAUUGUGUAUUUACGUGUUCCUCAACAACAAACAAUUAUUAAUUUUACACUGACUCCAUUGCUAAAACUUUUUUUUUUUUAAGAAAAUUUAAAUAUUUUUAACUUAUUGUAAUAUAGAUUAAGUACUUAACUAUUAUAGUAUAUUUAAUAUUAUAUUAUCAAUUGUUAAUUUUAUG